GAUGACAAAUAUGACAAUUGUCUGUCAGUCAAUAUUGUCACGGAAAAAAAAUGGCGGACGAAGUGAAGAAAGCCCAAACCGCUGUUGCUGGUGGUGAUACCAUAUUCGGAAAGAUUCUGAGAAAGGAAAUACCGGCUAAAUUCGUGUAUGAAGAUGACCAGUGUGUAGCAUUUCAUGAUGUGAAUCCCCAAGCACCUACACAUAUUUUGGUCAUACCACGGAAACCCAUCCCGCAGCUGUCCAAGGCUGAGGAUGCAGAUGAAAAGCUGCUAGGUCACCUUAUGAUUGCCGCGCGCAAAGUCGCCGCCAUGCAGGGCUUGGACAAGAGUGGCUUCCGAUUGGUCAUUAAUGAUGGUAAAGAUGGCGCUCAGAGCGUUUACCAUCUUCACAUUCAUGUUAUUGGAGGACGUCAGUUGAAAUGGCCUCCUGGCUAGAUUAUUGCUAAUAAAGAUAUGUCGUUUGUUAA